GGCCAUGGGGGUGGGGUGGAGGCGAGAGGGGGAACAUUUGGAGAUUUUGUGUUCUUGGAACCUGUUCUGACCUACCUGCCUCCUCCGUGGGGAGAGUGUGAGUCCAAGGCCCUAGACUCUGGCUUCUUCCAGGUCUAUAGUGUGACAGCUUGCAGGAUCGACUGUGAGACACGCUACAUCGUGGAAAACUGUAACUGCAGGAUGGUGCACAUGCCUGGUGAUUCACCAUUCUGUACCCCUGAACAGUACAAAGACUGUGCAGAGCCUGCCCUUGCCAAGUUGUCAAUGCUGGAGAGUAGCAACUGCAUCUGUAGGACACCAUGCAACAUGACACGCUACAACAAGGAGCUGUCCAUGGUCAAGAUCCCCAGUAAGACCUCAGCACGCUACCUGGAAAAGAAGUUCAACCGCUCUGAGAAAUACAUCACGGAUAACAUCCUAGUCCUGGAUGUGUUCUUUGAGGCCUUGAACUAUGAGACCAUUGAGCAGAAGAAAGCCUACGAAGUGGCAGGCUUAUUGGGUGAUAUAGGUGGUCAGAUGGGUCUGUUCAUCGGGGCCAGUAUCCUUACCAUCCUGGAGCUAUUUGACUACGCCUAUGAGGUGGUGAAGGACAAGUUGCUGGACCUACUGAGCCGAGACGACGAGGAGGAGAGCCACGGAGAGGACGUGAGUUCCUGUGACCCGAUGGCUAACCACUCGGAGGCCAUCAGCCACACGGUGAGUGUCCCCCUACAGACCACCCUGGGCACGCUGGAGGAGAUCGCCUGCUGAGCCCCCAGCCCAGCUCCACACACACACCAGGCAAGGCCACUGUGAGCCACUACCACACGGGGAGCCAGUGAGCAGCAGCCUCUUCCACAGGCUACCAGGACAGAAUGAUAGUGACUUUGGUGGGGAGGAUGGGUGGCUGGUCAGAGGAAAGGGUGGCUGGGUUGGGCUAGACUGGGCUGGACUGGGCCUCCCCUCCACACUGUCACUGCAGCACUAAUGGGGAUUAAGGAGCUGUCACCUGGACUUACUGGUGCUCUCUGUUACUGGAACUGUUACUGUACUGCUGGAGGAGGACAGCCACCUCCCCUCCUCCUCACGUGCUCAUCUACCUGACUCAUAGGUCUUCUCCAGUUCACAGACAGACAGACAGACUGCACUGUAAACCGGGAAGGGACUCAUCUCUGUCCUAGACAUGUGUAUUCACUAGUCACCCAUCGGUCAGUACUGCCAGACAUUGUACCAUAACAGUUGCUGUGAACUGUCCAAGUUGCAUGCGCUGCUUCCUCUCGGAGACGGUUUCUCUCUUUGGUGAUGCUGAUUGGCUGACGCUGGACUGCAGUGUUGCUUUACUGUACAUUUGCCCUGUCUCUCUUUCUCUCUCUCUCUCUCUCUGUCAUUCUCUCUCUGUCUCUCUCUGUCUCUCUCGGGGCCUAUGUGAUGAGGCCAGCUAUAGAAAUAGAAUGUAUAGAUUGAACAUGGUUCACUAUAACAUAUUUCAUAUGACACAUCCAUCUAAGGCAGUUUCAUUUUGUUGAUGCAUUGUUUUCUUAGGCGGCAAGUUGUAUAUCUACGGGAAGGGCUGUUGGGACUGUAUUUGCAUUCAUAUUGGGAAAACAUGAGCAUUCUAAAGAAUCAAUUCCAAAAUGACUGUUUUGCAUUUGGUUAUUUAUUUUGUUGUCCGUUCUAUCGAUUCCACUCCUAUCAAUUUACCACAAGGUGAGUUUCCCCCGAGGGAAGGCAAGGUACUGAGCUGCUUCUUAACAACAUAUUAAACAGGUGCCAUAUUCCUAUGUGUAAACUCAUGUAAAUGAUUAAACGCUUGCCUCUUGGCGGCAGCGCCUCAGUGGGGUAAAAGCACUCAUUGAUGACUGAGGCUGAGCCAAAACCAGAGAGGUGGAGUAUGACAUUGUUUACCUGGCAGAAUACAAGAGUACAAAUGUCGCUCAUAAAUGAACAUGCUGGGGGGGUUUAUUUUCAUUUCAGCUGCAUGAUGUGGGUGUGUUGUCUGGUGAGAACUGACGGACUCCCAACUCAUCAUAUUUUACAUAAUGGACUUGGCCCUUACAUAGAGAUAGCCCAGCUAGAAAUUGAAUUGAAUUGAAAAUUAAAUUUCCAUGAUAAUCACGGUUCUAUUAAUGGAAAUAAUGUUUGGACGAUAAUAAUUGCACUGAUGUAGAUUCAGACGAGGGGAAAUUAUCUUCUGAUUCAUUUGAGGAUACAGGGUGUGUUGUAUUGUGGUGUUAAUAUUGGUGUUGUAGUACGAAAAACCAAAACGGUACGAGACAGUGUUCUGUCCUGUCUACAGUGGAUAUGUUAUUAAAGAAGGACUUACAUGAACCGACUUAUGACUGGUUGACAUUUUGAUUUGACGCAAAUACAAAUUUGCUAACAGAGCAGGAUGAUAAUUCAAAUAGUCAAGCCCAACAUGUAAAGCCUUUCGUUUGCAGAAACGGUAGCCUGCAGACUUUUCCGGGACUAUUGUCCAUCUCUGACUGAAAGACACAAUCUUUGUCAAAUUGGAGGCGAUUUUAAGCCGAUAGCCCCAACCAAACACAUUUAAUAACCAGUUAAAAUCAAACUCACCAAACCAUGGGUGGUGUGAAAACCACAGGAGGUGUUUUUCUGUUCUCAAAAAAAGUGACAAAGGACUAUCCAAAACCAUGACAUGAAACGCUGACUGGUCUGAGUCCAACUCAAAAAGGAUUUGGUUUGCACUUUAUGUUUCGUUAACACCCCUCCCAUCUAGUGCCAUCACACUAAAAAGGGCCAUAUUGCAUCACUAUGAUAUGACGAGGACAUCCAUCCAGUGUAGCAUAUCAAUUAGCCAUGAUUAUUCAGACAGGCGGCAGGUAGCCUAGCAGUUAGCGUGUUGGGCCAUUAACCGAAAGGUCGCUGGUUUGAAUACCCAAGCCGACAAGGUGAAGAAUCUGUCAAUGUGCCCUUGAGUCAGGCAGCUAAACCUCAUUUGCUCCAGGGGCGUCGUACUGCUAUGACUGACCCUGUAAAACAACACAUUUGACUGCAUCUAUCCGGUGUAUGUGACAAAACUUCUACUAUGUCAUCGUUACAAUGUACAGUACAGGUGGGAAUGAACUCCAAGUGCUUUGUGAACUAUGAUUUCCUGUCUGUUGUUGACCUGCUGUGUGUAAUCUAAUCUCUCAUGUAUGGCUUAUCAUGUCUCCUUUAGCAGUGACCUCAGCCAUCUCCAGGGGUGGACUUGCCAUCUGGCAUUUGCCCGAAAUGCCAGAUGGGCUAGUUCAUUUUUAGCCUAGUGGGCCUGUCUAACAGAAAAUUGUUACUUUGCUAAAUUAUCAUUAUCUGACCUUGAGGAAAAAUAUGGACCGGUGUGAGGACCUCAAGGGAAAAAAUGGGCCGGUAUAUUGCAAAUGCAAGAGCCAAUUUCUGGUCCCAGUCCUCCCCUGCUUCUCACCUACUGUAUAGAUCUGUCCAUGGAGAGAGGUGAACUACUAUGGGACACAUACUGAGUCUCAGUGAAAAUGCCACUGGUUGUUUCUUCUCUUUUGGUUUCUAUUGUUAUUGCAGGACUGCUUUUUCAUUUUGUGAUGCAGCGUACAGUAUGUGUUUUUAAUGUGAAACGA